UAUAAUUUUUUGGUUUUAUAAAUAAAAUAUUAUUAUGUUAUAAUCUUAAAAAAAAUAUCAUUAAAACAAUUAAAUAUUAGUGAGCAAGAUAAGCUCUAGAUUAUUAAAAAAGAAUUCCAUUUGAAAGGAAAGGAUAUAUUGGAUGAAAUUCAUAUACAUAUACGCUAUUAUUCCUCAUUUAUUUUUUAAAUUCACCACAACAGACCCCAUCUCGGAUUAAAAUAUUUAAUAUUUCUUAAAAAGAGAAAACCUCAAAUCCUUUCGUAGUAAUAAAUAAAAUGUUAUUAACUCCAUCGUUUAACAUGGAGAAGUACUUUGCCUUUCAAGAUCCUUGCAACUCACUUCCAUUCUUUUACUCGCCUCCACUAGAAAAUUUAAAUAUGCAAACCUUUUACAAUGAUAAUAAUAAUUAUCAUCAUAAUACCCUUACCCAUAAAUUCGGCCAGAACGAAUUAAAAAUCAAGACUUACGAAAAAUUUAACUCACCUUCUAAACAAAAUCGUAAAAUCAGUAGUCUAAAUAACAAAGAUGUAUCCUCCGAUCCUCUUCAUCUAAUGAAAUAUCACCACGAAGGAGACAAUGUGUUUAGACAAAAUACAUCCAUCCCAUAUCCUUACUAUUUAUAUGCUCCCUCUGGAUCUUCUAUCCAUAAUUCUUACCAUCAUCCUCCUCCAACAAUCUACGGACCUAAUAGGAAAAUCUCUACCGAUAAUAUAAAUUCCACGGUCGUUAAAUCUAAUUCGUCAAGUAUGGACUGUUUUGGUAAAUAUUAUUCACCACCUACACCUCCCUCCUUAAAAUCGCAAGAAAUGCAAUAUAUGCUUCCUUCGAGCAGUACGUGCAAGCCUAGUCGUUUAGAUAUCCCAUUUUCGAACUCAAACAUUAAAAAUACUGCAUUCAUUUAUCCAUCACCGCCUAUAGAAAAUAGGACUUGCAAACAAAACACCUUGAAUAUUUCACUCGAUCUCAAUAAACAAUCUAAUGAUAAAUCUAUGGCAUCCUCAUCACCUCAAAAAAUGAAGUUUACAAUAGAGAGCCUGAUUGGAACGGGAAAGGAUACAUGUAGUAACGUGGCCACAUCCGAAGAAGAAACUAUUUUUAAAAAUUCUCUUUCUUUCCAAAUUAUCAAACCAAGGACUCACUCCUUCAACAAUAACUAUAGCUCUAGUACUGAAAAUAAUUUUAAUAAUACUUAUCAUAAGAUGGUAAACUUCGAUCUAGAGAACAAAAAAUGCAAAUCCAUUGUUAAGCAACGACUACAUUCUAAAGGUGGUUCAUAUAAAAAACGAUCAGAAUUGCCCCCAACCUCGAAUUUCAUCAUAAAUAAAUUGAAUAUGGCGGAGGAAGCUAGUUCAUUUCCUUUCGAAGAUGAAAUCCAAAAUCUUAUUUCUUCGAUAAAUACAUCCACAACUUUUGACCAUAAUUCUGCCCCCUUUUCUUGUAGUUAUAACUCCUUCAUGCCCAUUGUAGACGAACAAUCAAAACACUCUAACACUCACAAUACUUUAGCCAAUUUCAAUGAUUUAUAUGUUAAUAAAGUUGACAGCAUAUCUAAGUUGAAUUCAAGUGAUAAAAUUUUUUAUGCACAGCCUUCCUCUAAACAUAAAGUACGCAUACAGAACAAAUUAACUAAAAAACACAAAAGCAAGGUUCCGUCCACCACUCCUAAAAAGGCCUAUAAAAGCCCCUCAAAAAUCUUACCAAAUUCUGCGUUUGAUAAGAAACAAGGCCGGCGAUGCAAAUGUCCAAAUUGUGUCGAGUUUUCCAAAUCCAAAUGCGACCGUUCUAACAACUUACAAAUAUCAUCUAUCAUAAACCCAAAGGCUUCUAGCAAGCAUGCGUUUUCUUUCUCGCGUGAUAAUAUAUCACAUUUACCUCCCCAUUUGAAGAAAUACCAUGUGUGCCAUUUCACUGACUGCGGUAAAAUUUAUGGUAAGACUUCACAUCUUAAAGCUCAUCUCAGGUGGCAUUCUGGGGAGAGACCCUUUGUUUGCGAUUGGCUAUUUUGUGGAAAAAGUUUUACCCGUUCAGACGAACUCCAAAGGCAUGUCAGAACUCACACCGGGGAAAAACGAUUUUCUUGCCCUGAAUGCGGUAAGAAGUUUAUGCGGAGCGACCACCUGAAUAAGCAUUCUAAAACCCACAAAAUCUCAGAUGCUAUUACCGAAAAUGACGAUUCCCUUCCCUCUAAUAGUAGUAUUAAUCAUAACGUUAUUAAAUAUAGAAGCACUUUUCUUGUCAGUUCUAGUGAGAAUGAUGACGAUAAUGAUCAUAUUAAAAAUGAUAUGGAAGAAGAAACACAUAAACGGGAUGAGGAAGGAGGCAGCUCCAAUAUUAUAUACAAAUUAAAUUCGAUAGGCAGUAAAAAUUGUCCUUUCGAUUUCGAGUCCGAUAGGGAUAACACAUCGAUAUGCGCUACUUGUUGUGAUGAAGAUAUGACCGUUGAUGUAGAAAAUCUAUAAAAUAAUAAAAGGGAUCGGGUUUUUUUUCUCUAAAUUUCUUAAGAAUAAUACACUCAAACUCUUCAUUUUUCUUUCAUGAGAAUAAAUUUCACAUAAAUAUUUAUUUGUAAUCAGUUUCUAUUAUGACCUUUGGAUUUUAUUUUUGCAGCUUUCAGUUAUAUAUCUAUCGAUUUUUUCCCCUCACAUUUAUAUAUUUUACUUAAAUGUAGUAGUUUUUAUAGAAAAUAAAUACUUUUUUGAAUAUUAUUAAUUUAAUAUCUUAUCUAACUGUAAACAAAAAUUUUUUGCUUACCAACAACGACUGAAAUAUACAUGAUAAUAAAAUAUUAUAUUUUUACAGACAUACGCCAGUCAAAAACUGAAAACAAUUUUGAUUUAUCAUUAAAAAAAUCGUUAUUUUUUCUUUUGCCUGUUUACCAAAAAUAAAAUUUAUAAUAUCUGCAAAGACGCAUAAAAGUUUGGAAUUUUAAAUAUUACACUAUUAUAUAAAAUAAAUGAUACCAACUAAUUACAAAUUCAUUCUAAUCACAUAAUGAAAUCCAUACAUUCGCAUAUUGAGUCUCAUAAUUUUUUUCAUUUAUUUAAACGUAUUCUUAAAAUGUAUUUUGUUAACCUUUGUAAAAAAAAAUCUUUUUUUUCCUUAUCGCAGUUAUCAAAAAAAACAGGGUGUAUAAUUUUAUUCUAAAAUAU